ACCUGGCUGGCCCCAGUUUUUAACUUUUUAUUUCAAUCGUUUUAUUGGGCUUGCAUAUGUAUUUUCGUCCAUUGAAUUAUAUAUGAGAUAAUUAAAAUAAAUAAUUAUGCAAAACUCUAGAUCUAAUUCCGACAUUCCCCUAGAGGUGCAGAAGCAGACACUUUCAGUAACUCCCCAUCGCCCUAGGAUCAAGAUUAAAGCCUCAGGCAGACUUUGUCACCUGAGACCCCUCCUCCCAGGAACCCACCUACUCCUGCUCAGGAGCCCGGAUUGGCACCUCCUCCGGGAAGCCCUCAGGAGGGAGAGAGCGCCCUCUGCCGGGGCAGGGACGCCAGCACGCUUGGGGUACCGCCCUUUGCUCAUCAUCAGGGACUCCGCCCCCAUCCCUCACCCGGGGCUCCCCGCAUCACGUGAUCCCAGCUCCUCAGUUCCCGGGGACCCCAGGUGAGAGCGUCUGGAUUGGUGGGGGCCCGGUUCCCUGAGCGGCGUGGGACUGCCCUGGUCAGGCCUGGGACCUUGACUGGAGUGGCUAUCAGAAGGGGACCGAGGGCCUGUCUUCUGCUUUUGGCCCCUGUAGGUGGACAGACAUGCCUCAGGAGGGGGCUGCAGAGGGCUCCAGCACAGAGGACCCUGUUCUCAGUCCGCGGCACAGCUGUGGGCUUUCCCAGAAGGACGUGCAAGAAACCAGUUCCAUGUCAGGUCUGGCAGCAGACAUGCCAGGGGCAAGCUCCGGGGCCCAAGCCUGGGCUGGCCGCAGGAAGAGGGUCCUCAGGGAAGAGGCCUGUCGAGGUGCCAGGUCCCGGGAUUUGGUGCACAGCCCUGGGUGCCACAUCCAGCUGCCCACAGUGCCUGCUCAGAAGAGGGCUCAGGUCUCCAGGAGGCUCCGGAUUUCCCUGCACGACAUCUUAGCUGAAAGCUGGCCCGGGAACCUGUGCGGUCUGUCUGUGGGUCUCCCAGAGAGAGCAUUGGUCGGCAGGGAGAGGCCGGCAGGGGUGGAGAAGGGGAACUGCCCCAGGCCCAGGGAGGCUGGAAAAGGUGGGACUUCACCAGAGUGUGAUGGAAGAAGCCCCACCCUCAGCAAAGAGGAGCCCCCCGAAGGGGACCUGCCAUCCUCACCAGACCCAGCCCCAGUGGGGACAAGGAAGACAAACAGGAAGUGUAAGGCCUACCCAGAGGGUGGGGAGGGGGCUGGUGGCUUCUUGUGGCUUGGUCAGAGCCCUGGUGGGGACAAAGCCCCGUCUGUGGGAGGCUCCCCACAAGGUGCUGACCUGGAGUCCCUGGGGGGUCCUUGCAGUCCCCUCUCUCCUGGGUCUGCGCCUGGAGAUCCAGGUGGAAGUUGGGUGGCAUGUGCCUCAGGGACUGAGAAAUUCGAAUAUUUGCCUGCUGCCAGGGAUGGGGCCCAGGCAGGUGUUGGGUUCCCACUGCCCGUUGGAGGAGGGUCCCUCAGGCCAGCUGCCCAGGAUCCUCCUCAGAGUCCUGUGUGGUGCCUGGGAGUGUCUGGAAAGGCUUCCCCAGAGCGGCAGGAAGCUGAGCACAUCGUAAGGGCUGAUGGUGGUGAGGGCCCUGCCGCAUCACCCAACCAGGAGGAGCCGGAGGUCAAGGCUCGGCCGGAGUCCAGGGGAAGGCCAGGGCGUGGACUCACGGCUCCCUCCGACACCUCCGUCAGCUCCCGGGAGCCUGCAGCCGGCAAGGCUAGCUCAGGCUUCUCCAUGGGGCAGAGAAGAUCCAAGUGUGCCAAGAAGUCCAGGAGGGGCCCGGGGACCCAGGCCCAGAAGCAGGGCACAGGCAGAAGCUCAGACAACUCCAGCCAGUGCCAGCUGGAGGACUCCCGCCCAGGAGGCUGCUGCCAGCUGGAGGAAACGAGCAUGCCCCAUGGGGUGAAGCAUGUGUGUUACCUUGGUUCCGGGGCUGUGAUCCACCUCCUGGGGGCCAUCAGCCGUGGCCAGGCAGGGGGGCCACAACCUCCGAAGCUGGAGGUUCUGGAGAACAUGAUGGAGGUCAGCUCAGCCUCACCCGCCCAGAGGCCCAGAAGGAAGGAACGGCCCAUGGCCCGGGGGCCCACUGGGUGCCAGGAGUGUGUUCCUGUUCAGGCCGGUGCUGUGCGUCCAGGGUGCGGCCCAGUGGAGGCUGAAGACAGGGAGCCUGGUGAACGAGAUGGAGGAGAGGACCCAGCUCAGCUUCAGCCCCAACAGGAGAAGAAACCCCUGGAUAUUGGGGUACGGGGCACUGUGGUUCGUGCCAUGCAGGAGGUGCUGUGGAGUCGCCUUCAGGAGCUCCCAGACCUGGUGCUGAGUGAGGAGGCGGUGGAGGGCAUCGCUGCUGGCAUCGAGGCAGCCCUCUUUGACCUGACACAAGCCACCAACUGCCGCUACAAGACCAAGUACCGCAGCCUGCUGUUCAACCUGCGUGACCCCAGGAACCCUGACCUGUUUCUCAAAGUGGUCCAUGGAGACGUCACCCCCCAGGGCCUGGUGCAAAUGAGCUCGAUCCAGCUGGCCCCCCAGAGGCUGGCCCACUGGCGGGACCAGGAGGAGAAAAGGGGCCUGGAGAUCAUUGAGCAGCAACAGAAGGAGCCGUGCCAGCUCCCGGCCUCCAAACUGACCCACAAGGGUGAAGUUGAGAUCCUGCGGGACACGGACCAGAUGUUGACCCUGGAGGACCUGGUGGAACCCGUGGUGUCCAAAGAUUGCAGCCCACUGGCCCUGUCUGCCACGUCAAAGGACAACACGGAGCAGCAUGAGGACCCCACGGAGCAGCAUCCGGACACCACGGAGCAGCAUGAGCACCACUUCCUAGACCCCAGCUGCUGCAUCUGCAUGGACUGGGAGCCCUCGUGUGAGCUGCCAGGCUCCUUCAAAGCCACCAGCAGGUUGGGGGACAGUGUCUUCCAGAGAGCCCCAAGCCCAGCCCCUGUGUCCUCUCCAGAGGUGCCCCAAAUUGAGGAGAAGCCUCCCACGGAGUCCCAGGACAGGCUCCAGGUGUCUACUGGUCCCACAAAGGCCCUGCCCAGCCAGCUGCCUUGGGAAGGGACUCUGGACAUGUUCUCCAUCAAGCGGUUCAGGGCCAAGGCCCAGCUGGUCUCAGGACACAGCUGUCAGCUCAUCAUGGCCCUGCCCGAGGUGAUCCGCUCAGCAGGCUGCAUCCCCCCCAACACUGUCUGGGACCUUCUGGCCAGCAUCUGCCCAGCCAAGGCCAAGGACGUCUGUGUGGUCAGACUGUGCCCACACGGAGCUCGGGACACCCAGAAUUGCCGCCUGCUCUACUCCUACCUCAACAAUAAGCAAAGCCACGGGCUGGCUGCUGUGGAACACGUCGGGGUGGUCCUGCUGCCCCUGCCUGCCUUCCAGCCCUUGCCCACCAGACUUCGCCGUCUGGGAGGCCCAGGCCUGGAAGUCACUCACUCAAGCCUGUUGCUGGUUGUGCUGCUUCCCAAGGCAGGGCUUCCAGACACGGCAGAGUCCAGCCUCUUGUGGGGGAAGGUUCGCAAGGUGGUCUCCUUCAACAGAAAAGUGGAGACGAGAUACUACCAGCCGGAGGAUAGGAGGCCGCAUGUGGCCCAGAAGCGCUCCCGUCCCCAUGGGGGUGUCCUGCGCCAGAGCCAGGGCAAAGGCAGCCUGGCACCAAAGGGAAUUUGUGCUUGGGAGAGGCCCCCCAGAGGCAGGGGGAGACUGUGGGGAGAGCCUGAGACCUGGGAGGGUCGUGGGCAAGGGCAGUGGCCCCCAAAACCAGGCUGGUGCCACUCUGGGCAUCCCUAUUCAACAGCACCAGCUGGCCAUGGCCAGCAUCUCCACAGGGCCUCUUGUCCCCACCAAGCCCUGCUUCAGCAUCUCGAAUCCUUGGUGACCAUAAGCCACCAGCUCCAAGCCUCACUGAGGUCUUCAGGCCAGGAACUCCUUCUCCCACCCCCUGCCCAGCCUCCUGCAGCCCCUGGAAUUCUUGGCCUCCUCUGCCAGCCCCCUGCAGCUCCAGAGCCCCCUGGCCCAGCUCCUGAUUCCUCUUUGGACCCUACAGAAGGAGCUGGCUCUGUGUGUCUCCUCCCUGGAGAGGCCUGAGCCCCAUUACCCACCAGGAGAGGGGCUCUGAUUCCCUCACCAGUGCUGAACCCUGAGCUGUUCCAGGGAGAGAGACAGGGGCCAAGGAAGGGGAGGGUCAGCUGUGUGAGUUUCCUGUUCUGCAGUCUGCUUGGUGUUGAUUUUUGGUUCAAUAAAGAAUUUGGCAAAGUUGAGACUGCAUCUGCUGACUGGUCAGGAGAGACACUGGGCCGGCUAGGUGUGGGUUAGGAUGGGUGUGUUUGUGAGUUUGUGUGCACAGAUGUAGCAGAGCUAAAGUGCUGGGAAUGGAGCAGGCAGCCUUUUACAAUUGCUGGUCUGAGGUCCCGAACCAUCACUGUGUCCUGCUGUGCCCCAGGGCACAGUGGUUGCGUUGGUGGGUUCUGGAAACAUUUUGCAAGUAUUCUGAACUAAAAGGAAGAAGAGGUAACGGGAGAUAGGGCAGGACUAGGGUGGGGGAGAGAGAGAAAUGAGGCUUUUGAAGGGGCAUGGACACCUAGAGAUUUUUAGGGAGAAAAAAGUGAGCAAGUUGCAAUGGUUUUAAAAUUUUUCGGUUACCAAGAUU